UUGACGUCUGAAUUUGCUCCUCCGGCUUUCCUCUCCACGAUGGAGCGCUCUCUGCAGAGCUCCCCAUUAAAUAUAUCAAAACUGUUUCACAACACCACUGUGCCACUGAAUGACUCUGGGAAUUACACCAGUGAAGAAUUCUCUGAGGUCAAUCUUUUUGAAAUCCUGGGUCCCAAACAAUCUCCCUUUUUCCUCCCAGUGACCACUGUUUACCUCGUCAUCUUCCUCAUCGGAUUGUCAGGAAAUCUGCUCACAUGCGCCGUGAUAGCGAAACACAAGAAGAUGCGCAACCCCACUAACUUUUACCUCCUGAGUCUGGCCGUAUCUGACCUCCUGGUGCUUUUGUUUGGGAUGCCCUUGGAGAUCUAUGACCUGUGGCAGAACUAUCCCUUCCCCUUUGGAGAAGGGGGGUGCUACUUCAAGACCUUCCUCUUCGAGACCGUCUGCUUUGCCUCCAUCCUCAACGUCACAGCACUGAGCGUGGAGAGGUACAUAGCUGUCGUUCACCCGCUCAAAACCCGAUACCUGUCGACAAACCACCACGCCAAGCGGGUCAUCACCGUCGUGUGGGUGGUGUCGAUGAUCUGUGCCAUCCCCAACACCUCGCUGCACGGCAUCUACUACCUACCGCAGCGGAUGGAGGAGUCAGCCAUAUGCACGGUGCUCAAGCCCCUGUGGAUCUACAACAUGGUCAUGCAAAUCACAACGGUCUGCUUCUACUUUGUACCCAUGGCGAUCAUUAGCAUGCUGUACCUGGUGAUGGGCAUUCAUCUGGGCCGAGAGAAGCGUCACUCCAGCGAGAACCUGGGAAAAAACUGCUCCGGCAACACCAGAAGGAAGAUCAGCUUGGAAAAUGGGCGAAGACGGCAGGUCAUCAAGAUGCUUUCUAUCGUGGUAGCCGUGUUCGGAGUCUGCUGGGCGCCGUUUCACAUCGAGCGGCUUCUGUGGAGCUCCAUCAGCCAGUGGACCGACCUGAUGCACAACGUUUACCAGUACGUCCACAUCCUGUCGGGCGUCUUCUUCUACCUCAGCUCGGCGGUCAACCCCAUCAUCUACAGCCUGCUCUCCACGCGGUUCAGGGAGUGCUUUCGGGAGCUCAUGUGCUCCCAGCCGGAGGACAACAGCUCCAUCAGAGACUCUCCGCCUUUCCCCAAGAUUUUACUGGAGCCCUCCAUCUCCAGUUCCAGAGCUCAGGCCGAGGUCAAGGACUCCAACGUUUUCAUCCCGCUGUUCUCCCCCAACGUGGCUGUGAGUUUGGACACCGCCGUGCACUCAUGCGCUUGCAAGGAGUCGUCGCUCUGCUCCGAGAUUUGAUUUUCAUGAGUUGGUAAUUGAGAUCAAAAGUUUAUUUGCUCUCCGGCGGAGGUUUUGAGAAUCAUCUUCAUUUCUGUGUAAUAAAUGUGAAGCAACUGCCAGGCGGCU